UGAACAACAAGAUCAUUACCUGGGCCGAAGUCAGAUGCUUAACCGACUGAGCCACCCAGGUGCAUCUCAAAGAUUUUCUUUCAAUUCUGUGAUCACUGCCUUUACAACGUUCUUGUCUCUGUUACAGUCAUUUUCAUCAGUUACAUGGAAGGUAGAAAUGAAAUGCAUGUUACAUAAUUUAUCCUCCUCGGACUCUCAGAUGAGGGGGGCUGCAGUCACUUCUCUUUUGGCCAUUCCUGUCCAUGUACCUGGUCACCUUCACUGGGAACCUGCUCAUGAUCCUGGCCAUUAUCACGGACUCCCGCCUCCACACGCCCAUGUACUUUUUCCUCUCCAACCUGUCCUUUUCAGACAUCUGUUUCACCUCCACCACCGUCCCAAAGAUGCUGCUGAACAUCCAGACGCAGAGCAAAGUGAUCACCUACGAAGGCUGCCUCAGUCAGAUGUACUUUUUCAUGCUUUUUGGAGUAUUAGACCACUUCCUCUUGACAGUGAUGGCCUAUGACCGGUUUGUGGCCAUCUGUCACCCACUGCACCACAUGGUCAUCACGAACCCCAAGUUCUGUGGCAUCCUGCUCCUAGGAUCCUGGAUACUGAGUGUUCUUGACUCUCUAUUACAUGACUUACUGAUUUUGCGACUCUCCUUUUGCACAGAGCUGGAAAUCCUUCACUUUUUCUGUGAACUUAAGCAGGUGAUCCAACUUGCUUGCUCUGAUACGUUCCUCAGUGACCCGAUGAUCUAUCUCGCAGAUGGACCUCUGUGUGUUGUUCCACUCACUGGUAUCCUGCUCUCUUUCUCCAAGAUUGUAACCUCCAUUUUGACAAUUUCAUCAGCCAGCGGCAAUAUACAGCAUUUUUCCAUGUGUGGGUCUCAUCUCUCAGUGGUCUCCUUGUUCUGUAAUAUAGGACUUGGGUAUCUUGGUAUUGAUGCUUCACAAAACUCCAGCACAUCUGCCAUAGCCUCUGGCAUGUACACAAUCAUGACACCCAUGCCUAACCCCUUCAUCUGUGGUCUGAGGAGCAGAGACAUCAAGCAAGGCCUGAGAAAGCUCUUUAGCCAAGAGACAUUCUGUGCAUACAGAAUUCUUUGUUUCAAGAUAAAGACUUGAGUAAGAAGGCUCAAAACCUUAGAAGACUUAGAUCAUGAUAUUUGCAUUAGUUCAUAGACUGACAAUCUGCAGUCUAACAUUCUACAGUGUUCAGGCUCUUUAAUUUUUCAUUCGUAAUCAACAACUAUUCCUUCUGCAUUUCUUUAUAAAAUUGUAGACCUCUCAUUAAAUUCCAUUGCAUGGAUUUUCAGUGAUAAAUCAAUAAUUUAGGAAAUUGAGUACUUAAAAUGUGAUAAGAAGAGACAAAGGAAUAAAUGUAGAAUCCUUCUUCUCUGAGAUGAAAGCAGCUUCAUUAGAGUAUUCUGCUUUGGGAGAAAAGCAUCGAACAUAUCAGAGUGUACAUAAGAGUUUCCAUGGUUUCUGUCAUUUCAUCUUGGAAAGAGAUCACAUCUGCAACAGUAGAGGCACAGGAAACCCUGUGAUGACGUUUACAAUACUCCACAUUCACUAUGCAAUAUCUAAUUUUACCUUGCACCAUCCAAAACAUCAAUUAAGUGUGUAGGUAAUAGAAAUGAUGACUCCUGAUUUUCAGGCAUUGAUGGUGUCAUUCUUGGUGAUUAUCCCAGGGAUGCAUUAUGAGUUUUCUUUUAAUAUUUUGGUAGGCAGGAGCACUGCCUUUCACAGAUGAUAGAAGCAGUAUGGAUAUUUUACGUAUUUUCAGUCAAAUUUUUGUAUGUAGCAUCUCAGAAAUCAGGCAGUAAUAGCAGGAUAUAAUUACGGACCUAACCUGUGCUUUAUGAGACAGAGUAAAGCAAAUGUCUCAUCAUCACCUGACCCUAGAAGCCACCACUUUGGUUUGUAAAAGUCCACAGCUCUCUCUGCACACUAGUAUUCAGAUAAAUGUUUAAGGAGCUCUCACUCAAACGUAAAGACUAAAAGAAAGAGGUAAAGCAGAGAGAAGAAAAUAAAAUCAAAUAAAAAAGAGAUCUUCAUUGCAGCUUUACCAAGUUCCCCUGUGUAAUUACUCUCAUCUUGCCCAGUUUCAAGCUACCAAUUUUAGUUCAGACCACAGUCCUCACAAACCAUUAUAAGCUAGCCAGUGCCAUCAUCUCAGAGCCUUUGGGUUGGGUUUGGAGGAAAAGUAAAUAUUUCUUGUCAUUUUCAUUCCUCUCAGUGGUAACUGGUUCCAUCCAUUGAGGAUCUGAGACAGUGAAGUGCCUUAGGUCUGAAAGUCAAGAAGAGAUUAUGACGUUACAUUGCAGUGAUUCAGGUCAGGCUUUUUUUUUUCCCCAGAAGAAUGAGAGGGUUUUAAUUGUUUAAGUUUCUUUUGGUUACUCAAAUUGGAUGAGCCCUUUGUAAGAUUCUCAUCAUUUUUUUUCAUGGAGACACCGUGAUGAAUUUUCCCUUUCGAGAAAUCUCUGUGGCUCAACCAAUUUGGAUGAGAAUGAUUAACUUUUACAUGCUCUAUGAAUACCAUACCUUGGAUGGUUUUGACUGCUGAGGCCUCUGGAAGUUCAAGAUGGGCUGGAGUCAGGACAAGGCAUUUCAAUUUCAGCAUGUCCAUGGUAAGUCUGUCAUAUGGGGGAGAACUCUGUAGAACUUGUGAAGGACGACAUUGUCACCUUCCCCAAGGUAGUUUCGAUAUCCUUAUGAAUUUUAUGUUCUCUGAAUCCUUAUAUUGAGUACACUUAGUGGUUGAGGUAUUGAAUCACAGAAGAUAAAGCCAUCACAACACCCUUGUCUCCUUGUACUUUGGAUUCUUUCCUCUACAUCUUUUUAACCUAUUUAUGGCACUGAAAUUCUUUCAGAAUAUGUCACUGUUUUAGAUUCUUUGUGUCAUGGUAAAAUACAUAUAAAAUUUAUUAUUUUAAACAUUUUAAAUAUACUUAUGUGGCACUAAGUACUUUCUCACUGUUGUACAACCACCACCUCCGUCCAUCUCCAGCAUUUCUUAUGGUCUCAAACUGUACCUUUGCCUCCUUGAAAUACUAUCUCCCCAUUGUCCCUUAGCCCAUCCCCUGUAUCCCAUCAUCCUACCUUCUCUCACUAAAUCUGAGUACUCUAGGUAUUUCAUAUAGAUGGCAUUGUAUAAUACUGUGUGUGUGUGUGUGUGUGUGUGUGUGUGUGUGUGUGUGUGUUUCUGGCUUCUUAUACUUAACAUAAUCUUUGUAAGGUUCACCCAAGUUGUAGCCUGUUUCAGAAUUCCAUUCGUUUUAAAAGCUGAAUGAUGUCCCAGUGUAUGUGGUCACCACAUUUUGUUCAUCUGUGAGUUUGUUGAUGGACAUUCUGGUGUCUCCACAUUUUGGUUACUGUAAAUAAAGCCAUUAUGAAUUGGUGUACAAAUAUCUAUUUUGGUCAUUGCUUUCGAUUCUUUUGGGGCAUACAAGUGGGUAUACAAGCAGAAGUGAAACUACUGGAUGAAGUGAUAAUUCUAUGUUUACGUUUUUGAGGAACUGGUAUUGGAGAAAUGUCUAUUUGAGCCUACUGCCUGUUCUUUAUUCCCCCCACCAUUAAUUUGUUUUAUAAUUAGAAAAAAAUCUAAUUCCAGUAUGGUUAACAUACGUGUAAUAUUGGUCUCAGUUAUACAAUGUAGUGAUUCAACACUGGCACACAACACCUCGUGCUCAUCACGACAAGGACACUCCUUAAUCCCCAUCACCUAUUUCACCCAUCCCCCACCCAUCUUGCCAUUGUAACCAUCAGUUUGUUCUCUAUCAUUUAGAGUCUGUAUUUUGGUUUGCCUCUCAUUUUUUCCCUUUGCUCAUUUGUGUUGUUUCUUAAAUUCCCCCCACGAGUGAAACCAUGUUGUAUUUGUCUUUGUCUGAUUGACUUAUUUUGCUUAGAAUAAAACUCUCUAGCUCCAUGCAUGUCAUUGCAAAUGGGAACAUUUCAUUCUUUUUUAUUGGCUAAAUAAUAUUCCAUUGUUUGUGUAUGUGCACAACGUCUUCUUUAAUCAGUUAUCUAUUGGUAGACACGUGGGCUGCCUCCAUAAUUUGGGUAUUCUAAAUGAUGCUGCUAAUACAUAGGGGUGCGUGUAUCUCUUUGAAUUAGUGUUUUUGUAUUUUGGGGAUAAUGACCCAGUAGUGCAAUUACUGGAUUGUAGGGAAGCUCCAUUUAUACUUUUGAGGGGAUACGAUACUCUUUCCACAGUGGUGACUGCAGUUUCAAUUCCCAUUAAUGCCUGAGGGUUCCUGUUUUUUCCAGAUCGUUACCAACAGUUAUUGUUAAUUUCAUUUUAAAAAUAUUGUUUGUUUUAAGCUUUAAUUAUGGAAGCAUUGAAUCACUCUAUUGUAUACCUGAACCUAAUAUUACACUGCUGAUAAGUAAAUGGAAUUUAAAUAAAAGCACAGAUGUUUGGAGUUUUGAGAUGUUUGGAGUUUUGCUGUGGAAUUUUUGAAAAUCUUUUUAUAUUGUGGAUAUUAAUCUAUUCCCAGGUAUCUGAUUUGCCAAUCUAUUCUCUGUUUUGUGAGCUUUCUUUUUUGACAUGGGAAACAGUGCCCUUUGAUGCUCAAAUCUUGUCCAUUUUGCUGAUGUAAUUUUUUCCCCAGUUGCCUGUGUUUUUGGUGUUCUCUCCAGGAAAUCUUUGUUAAAUCCAGUGUCAUAAAGAUGAUGUACCUCUCUAUUCUCCUAAGUGCUUAAGUUUUAUUUUUUAGCUUUAGUCUGUGAUCCAUUUGGAGUCAUGCGUCUAGAUGGUGGAUGGAGGGUUGGCUUCAUCAUGAAGCAUGUGGAUAUCCAGGUUUUCCAUCACCGUGUCUUGCAAAGGCUGUCCAUUCCGGCACUUUCGUCAAAAAUCACUCAAUCAUAACAUAUGAGUUUAUUUCUGGGUUCCCACCCCAUUCCAUUGAGUUAUAUUUCUAUAUUUGUUGUUGUUGAAAACAGAUCACUUUGAAAUUAUAAGGUAGUAACUCUGAAAAUCAUAUUUUCCCCAUUCCUUAGGCAUUAUUUUUAUUGAAGUGUAAUUUACAUACAGUGUUAUUUCAGGUGUACAAUGUAAUGUUUUGCAAUUCUUUUUUUCUCCAGGGGUGAAUACACUAUUUAAUUAAUUAAUUAAUUAAUUAAUUAAUUCACACAUUCAUUUGUCUAUCUAUCUACAUUGAAGCUAGUUAGCAUAUAGUGUAACAUAUGUUCUCAUCCCAACAUGUUUCUUUUGUAAUGCCCCUUACCCAUUUAGCUCAUCCCCCUACCCUUGUUUUUAUAUUAUUUUUGCUUCUCUCUCAUUA